AUGCUCGCUCGGACGCCGCUAUCGGACGAUUGUAUGGUCAACGCUAAAGAUCUCGAUUCGAGGAAAUUACAGCCUGCACCUAUAGGUAAUCUAAAUGACGACUGCUACUGGAAUAGUUCAAUAGCAUAUAUCGCACGCGCCCAUCGAAGUCUCCAGAAGCUUACCCAGCGGAGAGCGGUCGAAAGCGCGGCGCCUGAUUCACCACCGCAACAAUGGGCCGCGUCACAGGCAACGAUGGCCGCCAGAGGUUCGAGAAAAGUGCGACGCUUAAGCAUGCGUCGCGCGGGAUGCGUACGCGCAGAAAUCCGGCCACUUUCGCACGCGACGUUGCCGCCCCGCGCGCGUUUCGGCAAU